CUUUACAACAACUUAAAAAAUUGUUUUUGUUUUGCAAUAUUAUUAAUGAACUAUGAGAAAUUCGUUGUUAAUUCUAAUCAUAAUAAAUUUCACAUUACUAUUUUGUUUACCAAUUGAAGAAACGAACGAUUGCAAAAGUAAUAUUCCAGAGUUAGAUGAAUUUAUAACUGGUGGACAUGAAGCUGUACCAAAUUCUUUACCAUAUCAGGUUGCUUUAAGUUUAAGGAAAUAUAAUGGAAUUUCAACAUUAUGUGGAGGAUCUUUAAUAUCAAAUCAAUUUAUUUUAACAGCGGCUCAUUGUUUGAAUAAUACAAGACUAUUAUAUGCAUCGUUAGGGGCACAUGAUUUACGAUUGGAAAGUCUAAGGAUUCAAAUUGAAAAUAAAUAUUUUAAAAUUCAUCCAAAUUUUGAUCCAAUUUUAUUUAAAAAUGAUGUUGCUUUAGUUAAACUUCCUGAACCUGUUGAUUUUAAUGAAAAAAUUCAACCAAUUAAAUUACCACAAAAUGAUAAAGAAAAUUUUGAAAGAACUGGUAUAUCAGCAGUUGCUUCUGGCUGGGGUAAAUAUAGUGAUGACUGUAAAUUUACUUCAUACGUUUUAAGAUAUGUAGAACUUGAAGUUCUAAAUCGACAAAGUUGUUUAGAAUUUUAUAAUACAACUGUACUUAAAGCUGAAAAUUUAUGUACAAAUGGAAGUAAUGGAAAAUCAACAUGUGUUGGAGACUCAGGUGGUCCGUUGAUCGCAUUUAAUUCUAAAAAUGAAAAAAUUCAAAUUGGUAUAUCAUCUUUUGGUAGUCAGGAAGGAUGUGAAAAAGGUUUUCCAGCGGUUUUUACAAAAAUAACAUCAUAUUUAAAUUGGAUUAAUGAAAAUAUUCAGGAUUAUAAGAUGCGAGGAAACCGAAUGCGGCUUCAUCAAAUAUUUUCUGGAUUUCCUAUGACGUUUAAGUGGUGGGUAAAAGAGAAGGAAAUAUCCAGAAAAGUACCAGUUCGGGGUUUUAAAAGAGAUACUGAAGAGAAACCUAUUUGCAAUCAUAAAAGACCAAGGAAACGUAAAACGCCGCAUAAUAAAUUAAUGGGUAGAGCGAUUAUCGAUUGGCAUUAUGUAAAACCAAUGCGUAUUAUGUCGCGUCCAUAUUCAUAUUAUAGUAAUAGUGAUAAAAGUUAUUUUCAACCAUUAACAAUGGAUAUAACAAAAAAUAUUAAUGAAAAUCAUUAUAAUGGUGGUCGUAGUCUUGGUUUCGAACAUGUACAUCGUAAACAUGGUGCUGUUAAAAGGAUUUUUGGUGGUAAUAUUGCAUUACAUAAUUCAUUUCCAUAUCAAGUUGGAUUAUUAUUAAGAGGUCCAAGAGGAUUAAAUUGGUGUGGUGGUUCAUUAAUAUCUGAGGAUUAUGUUGUUACAGCAGCUCAUUGUAUUGAUAUGGCACAAAAAACACUUGUAUUUCUUGGUAGCUAUGAAAUUAAAAAUCCAAAUGAAGCUGGUGCUAAACGUAUUGAAGUUUUAAGUUCACAUUUUAUUGUACAUCCUGGAUGGAAUCCAAGACGUUUAAUACAUGAUAUUGGUUUAAUAAGAUUUCCACAGCCAAUUGUUUUUACAGAUUCAAUACAACCAAUUAAAUUACCAAAUCGAAAUAAGAUAACAUCUUAUGAAGGUCAAAUUGGUGUUGCAUCAGGAUGGGGACGAUUUCAAACAUCCUCACCCACAAUUUCAUAUUUUUUACGAUAUGUUGAAUUACCGAUAAUUAGUCAAGCUUCAUGUUUAUCAAAUUAUCCAUUUUUAUUACAACCAUCAAAUAUUUGUACAAGUGGAGCAAAUGGUAAAUCAACAUGUACUGGUGAUUCUGGUGGUCCAUUAACAGUUGAAGAAGAUGGUAAAAAAAUUCUUAUUGGAAUUACAUCAUUUGGAAGUGUAUUUGGUUGUGAAAAAGGUUUUCCAGGAGUUUAUACACGUAUAACAUCAUAUUUAGAUUGGAUUUCAGAUAUUACUGGAAUUGGAUAUGAUACAAAAACAAAAUCUGAAGAAAGUGAAGAAGAAAUUUCAAUUGAAAAUGAAUCUGGUGGUGGAGAUAUUGAUUUUGGUUUAUCAGCAUAA